AUGGGCAUUUCUCGCAUCACAUCUUCUUCGGGUGCAAUGAACGUCGGAUAUCUUAGCAUGGCAACCCCAUCACAAGCUCAGCUCAUACAAGCCCCAUCACGCUCAUCCGUGACAGGCAAGAAAACAGUCUUUUUGGCCGGCACAACCACUCGAACUAAUGGGCCAGAGUGGCGAGACACACUGUUCCACUCCAUCGCACACCUCCCCAUUACCGUGUUCAACCCCCUUCGACCGGACUGGGACAGCUCAUGGAAGGAAGACAUCGACUUUGCGCCCUUCCGAGAACAGGUGGAAUGGGAGUUUGACAGGUUGAACCAGGCCGAUCUGGUGGUGGUGUAUUUUGGACCCCAGACAGACGCGCCCAUCAGCCUGUUGGAGUUUGGGCUUUUUGCAAGGUCAGGCAAGUUGAUUGUGUGCUGCCACAAGGAUUACAGGAAGCGGGGGAAUAUCGAGAUUGUGUCGCAGAAGUUGGGUCUAAAGGUUUUGGAUGCAGUUGAUGGUGAUCUUGUUGACGAGGUGACGCGAAAGCUGCAAGAGAUGUUACAAGUAUGA